AUGCUUCUUCAAGAGCAACAUCUAUUUAAUGUGUCCUCAUUGUCUGGGUUCCUCCUCCUGGAAUUCUCAGAUGUUUGGGAAAUGCAGAUUCUGUAUUACAUUGGAUUCCCCUUUUUCUACCUGGUGGCAGUUGCAGGGAAUCUUCUCAUCAUCUCUGCAGUUGCUUCUGACCGCCAGUUACACACCCCCAUGUACUUCUUUCUGAUGAACCUGGCCAUACAGGAUGUGGGUCAAGUGUCCGUCAUUUUCCCCAAAUCCAUGGCUAAUUCCCUCAUGAAUCAGAGGUUCAUUUCCUAUUAUGGAUGUGUGACUCAAGUCCUCUUCUUUAUCUUUUUAAUGUCCUCUGAUUUCUUUCUUCUCACUGUCAUGGCAUAUGAUCGAUAUGUUGCCAUUUGUAAUCCACUGCACUAUGAAAUGCUGAUGAAUAAUCAUGUGUGCAUUCGAAUGAUUGCUACUGUAUGGAUUGUCAGCUUUUUCUAUGGGGUGUUACACACUGGAGGCACCUUCGCAACCCCCUUUUGCUCCAAUGUCAUUCAUCAGUUUUUCUGUGAAAUCCGAGCAUUGUUAAAGCUUACCUGCUCUAAUUUGUAUCUAAUUGAAGUAGGAAUUCUUUUUUUAAGUGCUAUCAUUGCAUUAGGCUGCUUUAUUUUCAUUGUGGUGACUUACGUGCACAUCUUCACUGUCGUGCUGAAGAUCUCCUCAGUGCACGGAAGGCAAAAAGCUUUUUCAACUUGUCUUCCCCACCUCCUUGUUUAUUCCUUAUUUUUAGUCACCGGAUCUUUUGCUUACUUCAAAACUACCUCUAAUUCUGCUUCACUUCUGGAUUUGGCAUUUACUCUGAUAUAUUCCAUUGUUCCCCCCUUAAUGAAUCCCAUAAUCUAUAGCAUGCGAAACAAAGGGAUAAAGGAUGCUCUGUUGAAGCUCUUAGGUUUGAAAUAUUCUUCUAGGGAUUCCUUCUCAAUUCUUGUUCUGCAAAGGUGA